CCUGUUCAGUGUACCUGUCAAGAAUACAUCUAACAAUCAUGCCAAGUCCAUCUUGUUCCGGAUCCCAAUCGCCUGCUAGGCCUGCAGUGCUUACCUUUCCUGUUAAAAGCCAAAAGAAGUCCGUGGGUAAUCGCAAGCCAUCGGGUCGCCCAACUGUCGUGAAUAUGAUCGUUGCGGCAAUUGGUGUCCUGAAGGACAAGAAAGGCUCUUCAGUGCAGGCCAUCAAAAGCUACAUCAUGGCCACCUACCCUGGAAUUCCUCUUACUUUGUUGCCAAGUUUGCUCAAACGUGGCUUUCAUAAAGGUCUACAGACGGGAGCCCUGGUCCGCCCCAAGGGAUCUCUCGCCAAUGGAGCGUCAGGCCGUUUCCGCGUAGGAGCAGUUUCGACAAAGAAGCCCGCCAAGAAGGCCAAGAAGACCGCCGGCAAGAAGAAGUCGGCAGGCAAAGGCAAAGCACGAAGGCGUUCCACGGGAAAGGCAAAGAAGGCAAGGAAGCCUGCAAGGAAAUCGGCGACCAAGAAACGACCAAAGAAAAUGCUCAAGAAAGCUAUCAAAAAGGCCAGGCCAAGCAAGAGGCCAACAAAGAAAAUCGUCAAGCCUGGAUCGAAGAAGGUGAAAAUCAGUAAGAGAGCCAGCGUCAGGUAGAAAACUUGCUUGUUACAAUUUUAGGACACUGUCCACAGGCCCUUUUCAGGGCCACCCAAAUCAUUACGAAAGAACUUUUAUAUUGCCUAACAACCAAUUUAAUGUAUACUCGGACCCCAUGGUACCGCGGCAUUCAUCGUAUCGCGGCAUUUGUGAUUUCCGGUGGUUCACGCGGGACAAUCCUCUUAGCGGCUGUCUAUUAAUGCAAAUCAGUAACCGGGAAGUGCUCACUUCGUUAACAAUUU